UUUAUAAAUAAAAUUGAAUUUAUUUUUUAAAACUAUAUAAUCUAUAUAAUUUAUAUAAUAAUAUAACCUGAUCAAAUUAUAUUUGGAAAAAAUAAAUAAUUUUUAACAAUGGAAACAUUGAAUUCACCGUCAGAUAAAGUUUUAUAUCAAGCUAUUAUGGAAAUUAAAGAGCCAGUGAUAUUUCAACGACUCUUACAAAAUGCAAAAGAUGAUUAUUGUUGGAAAUUAUUUGAAUGGAAUUUAUCGGAACUUGCUGAAAAAUUCGGAGAUAUUAAAUUACCAUUUCGAGUUGGUUAUAAUGCUAGAUCUAUGAAUCCACAAUGGGAAGUAAAUUGUCCAACAGUUUUAAUGACAUUAUUAGAAUUUAUUCAAAAUAUGAACUUCCAUGAAAAUCAUAAAAAGUGGUAUUAUUUUGAUUAUAAAUAUAUGCAAGAAUGGUUCAAAAAUAAGCCAGAAAUAUUAAAUUCAGUAAAUUGGAAAAGAUUUGAUAUUGAUAAAACUGGUGAUGAUUCUACUAUUUGGAUUGGAAGCAAAGGAGCUCAUACAAAUUGUCAUCAGGAUUCUUAUGGUUGUAAUUUAGUAGCUCAAAUACAUGGAAGGAAACAAUGGUUAUUGUUUCCUCCAAAUUCAACUAAUUUUCUUCGACCAACAAGGAUUCCUUAUGAAGAAUCUACAAUAUAUAGUAAAUAUAACUUUUUCUGUCCUACUAAGGAAGAUGAGAUUAAUAUAUUAAAAAUAAAAGACACAGCAAAAUUAGUAACUUUAGAACCAGGAGAUAUAUUAUUUGUGCCUCCUGGUUGGUGGCAUUAUGUUGAAUCAUUGGACUUUAGUAUUAGCGUCAAUAUGUGGUUACCAAUAUUAACAGAUAAUAUAUCAAGAGUUAAAGAAGCUAUUGUAAAAUUAAUAAUAGCUAAAAUUGGAAAAGAUAUCUAUAAUAUACCUGAAAUUGAUGAAAUAGAUAGUAUAAAUUUGCUCAAUAUUGCUAUUGAAGAAUGUAAACAUAUAGAAACAAAUGUAGAAUCACCUGAUAAAAAAAUAAAACAUAGUAUAUGGACUGCCAAAGAUUUAGCAAUGGAGUAUCCAGUUUAUGUAAAAUUACCUUAUGAGCUUAAAAUAACAGAAUUAGAAGAAUUUUUAAAAAUGAAAAGGGAAAGAUUUUCUGAAGAAUAUUUUGAAAUGUUAAAAGAGGAUUCUUCCAAAACUCAUAUUAAUUUACAAAAUAUUUACUCUUCUACACAUUUAUCUGAAAAUAUUAUCAAUGCAUUUUGUCAUCCUGAUGUAGUUAAUAAAGUUACAGAAUUAUUUCUACCCUAAUAUUUAUAUAA